CAGAAGACUUAUAGCUACGCCACUGCUUAUAACGUAAUCCAAACUUCUUUUUUUUUUUUUUUCAGUCCCAGAAUUCAAUUAUUCCAACAUAUGCGUACAAAGACGUGUACAUUAUAAACGUAACUUUAAAGAAUAUGUAUAUGCGCAUGAUAAUUCGUCUUCUUUGCAGUCGACCGCCGUGUUCAGCCUUCGCGAGCCCUUAGCCGUGGGCGCGAACACUAGAGGGCUUGUGUCAGUGACCAUGAAGGGGCGUUGGACAGAGCCUCUGCUCCCGGAUUUAGUCGACUUCUUUAAGCGCUGUUCAUCUGACCCCAACAUCGAGUCGUUCGGCAGCUACACUGAGGUGUGUCCCGGCGGUUCUUCUGGCGCCGGGGCUCGGUUAAAUUAUUCGGAAAAGCACUACGCCGUUAUUACCUACAUCGAGAGCAUGAAUCGCACCUUCGUCUACGACAACGAGAAGGCAUUUGCCGCCAAGUUGUGCCACGCGAAAGGCAUAGACCCCGACGUGACGUUCGGCAUCGCCGUCUACGACAUAGACUACGACGACUAUGCUAAUGCGUGUACGUCCCUCAACAGAUACAACCGCAACAGCCGAUUGAAGGCGGUGAAGAGGGUGGUGGAGUCCUUCCGGAGGCAGAAUGCGGUUUUUAAAGAGGAUGUCUGCGUAAGAAGCGCGGCGCCCUAAGAGCGCCGCCUGCUGCCCUGGUCCUCGACGCAGGGCCGGGUUCUCGUGGAAUGCGGUGAAAUAUAGUACAGUUCUGGUCGCGCGUCCUGCAUUUUCCAGAGCAGCCGUUGAUGAAGCUGCCCGCCUAACUGACCGUGAGUAACGCGGUCAGUUAGGCAGACCACCCUGUUUUCUUCCUGUUGUACCAUUGUACGUAUGUAGUA